AUGAUGGCCACAUUCAACUUGAGCAGCUUCAAUCCAGGCUCAUUCAUCCUGCUGGGAAUCCCAGGGCUGGAACAAUUCCACCUCUGGAUUGGGAUUCCCUUCUUUAUCAUCUACCUGGUGGCCCUUGCAGGCAACAGCCUUCUCCUCUACCUUAUUUCCAAGGAGCGCAGCCUUCACGAGCCCAUGUUCUUCUUCCUCUCCAUGCUGGCCGCGACAGACCUCAUCCUGUCUAAUACAUGUGUACCCCAAACCUUCAGGAUCUUCUGGCUAGGUCCUCAGGAAAUCACCUUUUCAGGAUGCCUCACUCAGAUGUUUUUUCUUCACUACAGCUUUGCUGUGGAUUCUGCCACCCUCCUGGCCAUGGCAUUUGAUCGCUACGUUGCUAUCUGCUUCCCCCUAAGAUAUACCACGAUUCUCACUCGGCAGAUUAUUACUAAGAUUGGCAUGGGUGUUGUCAGCAGGAGCUUUUGUAUCAUCUUACCCUGUGUGUUCCUAUUGAAGCGACUGCCUUUUUGCCGAACGCCCAUCAUUCCCCACACAUACUGUGAGCACAUAGGUGUUGCCCAGCUGGCCUGUGCGGACAUCGCUGUCAAUAUCUGGUACGGCUUUGCUGUGCCUGUAAUGACGGUCACCUCAGACCUGAUCCUCAUUGGCAUCUCCUAUGCGCUCAUCCUUCGGGCUGUCUUCCGCCUCCCAUCCCGGGAUGCCCGCCAGAAAGCCCUCAACACGUGUGGUUCCCAUGUUUGUGUCAUUCUUAUGUUCUACACACCAGCCAUGUUCUCUGUCCUCACUCACCGUUUUGGUCGCAAUAUUCCUCACUCCUUCCACAUACUGGUCGCCAACCUCUACGUAGCCGUUCCUCCUGCACUUAAUCCAGUCAUCUAUGGGGCGAAGACCAAGCAGAUUCGGGAAAAGAUCGUCCCGCCCUUCUUCCUUAAAGGGACUGGAAGAGGAAACAGAAUCCCAUUACUAGGCGAUGAGUACCCCGAGCGACGUGGAAAAGACAGGUCUAAAUAUUCUGGUGGACGGCCCCAGUUGAGAUCCCAGCUAAUAGUCGGCAACAACCACCUGUCAUGUUGCAGGAAGCCAGACAUGGAAAGAAGAGAGAAACCAGGCAGGUACGAGGCUGAGAAAUCUCCACUGCAGAAUCCCGCACAAGCCGGCAAAGGACAUCGCUGGUCUCAUCUUCUGCUGCAUUUCCCUAAUCCCCUUGCUCUUGCCACACGCGUCUUCUUGAACCUUCUCCAGUUCGUCAAGUACGCGUCCCUUCAGGGCCUUGAUAAUUGA